AUGUUGGACCCAUUUGGACCCAAUUUCAUCGACGUCAACGUUAACUGUGGGCACAACGCCACUUGUGAUGGACUCAGAGGGAAUGGAAUAGAGUCGUGUUUAGCGAUGAAUCAAGAUUCACACUGCGAUUUGCCGAUGACAGACGUACGGUGUCAGUAUGUGACAAGCGAAACUAGCCUGCGAGCUGCAAUUCUGACUGGAUACGACACCGAUAUUCGCCCGUAUGCAGUAACGACGGUGACGACGUCGUUAGGUUUGAUGGCAUUGAACAAACUGGACAUGAGUGCACAAAUGAUGUCACUGACAGCGUUCUGGUACACGGUAUGGCAUGAUACUCGUCUAACCUGGGACCCAACAGUCUACGGUGGCAUCACGCAACUCGUCCUCAGCCAUAAGAAGAUUUGGAAACCACCACUUAUUGUGAAAAACGAAAUGAACAAGAUUGGUAUGCUAUCGGAAGCCGUGGUACCUCUCAGAAUUGUCAGCAGCGGCUAUGUUAUUUGGGUUGCUCCCAUCACGAUGAACACGAUAUGCGAGGUGAAUGUUCAGAGUUACCCAUUCGACAGCCAGGAGUGCUUGGUGGAACUCGCUCCGUGGGGAUACUCUACGUGUGACCGUCCUCCUGUGGAUAUGAAGCAUCUGGCAAUGAAUCCCAAUAGCAGUGACGACCUUAUCAAAAAGUCCUAG